AUGCGGACACUCUCUUCAUUUGAAGGAAAGCAAAAGUUGAUGACAGUUGAUAUAGAUUUACAACAAGCGGUUGGUCAUAUCAACUCUAGCUUGUUAUUGCCUGUGUUCUUCAAUGAAAAGGUUCAUUUUCCAAGCUUGGAGGAAUUGAAGCUUUCGUCCAUGUGCGAAGUAAAGAGGAUAUGGCCCGAUCAACUCCAUGGACAGUCCUUCCGCAAACUCGAAUCCCUCACCAUCAGACUUUGUGAAAAUCUAUUACAUGUUUUUCCAUCGAAUUCAUUGGAUAGGUUGCACAAGCUUAAUAAAAUUGAGGUGGUCGAAUGUCCCUCCUUGGAAGCAUUAUUUGAACCGAUAAGUCUCGGGCUUGAGAAAAGGCGAAAGCCAUUGGUCCUGUCCGCAUUAAAAAAAUUGAAGCUGUUGAACCUAUCAAGGCUGAUAGACAUUUUGAAGAUUGACUACAAAGUAACCUUGGCAUUUCCUAGUCCGACGGAAGUGAACGUGAGCCAUUGUCAAAGUUUACCAUAUCUCUUCUCAAGUGCCACGGCCAGAACUCUUGAUAAACUUGCAGUGCUUGAUGUUUCCUGCUGCAAUAACCUGCGAGGCAUAAUUGCGAUGGAGGAAGGAAAAGGAAAUAUUAUAGAGAGUUUGAAGUUCCGUCAUUUAAGCAAACUCAAGCUUGGUGACCUUGAGAAGUUGAUUAGUUUCCGCUCGGUGAGUUGUGCCGGUGAUGGGUUACAUCCUCUAUUUGAUGAGAAGCUUGCAUUUCCAAAGUUAGAGGAAAUACACAUCAAGGGAGUUCAACAAGAAGCAAUAUGGAAUGAUAAAAUCCUUGUGGAGUCCUUUUGCCGUCUAAAGGUCCUUGAGGUGAAGCAGUGUCGCAAUUUAAUGAAUGUGUUUCCUUCACUCAUGUGGAAGAGGUUGCUUCACUGUAUGGAGUCCUUGACAGUUGAGAAGUGCCCAUGUCUGAGAAACCUUUUUACAAUGUCUAUGGCAAAAGGUCUGGGUCAACUCCAAUAUCUUGGUCUCCGUGGUUGUAGAGAGAUGGAGUACAUUGUUGCUAAAGAAGAGGAGAAGCCUGAAGAAGUAGUCGACAAAAUUGUAAUUCCUCAACUUGUCACUUUAUAUCUUCACAACAUGCCAAAACUCAGAAGUUUCUGUGAAGGGAAGCAUAUUUCAGAGUGGCUCUCCUUGAAAGAUUUUACAGUUCAAGAUUGUGAAGCUGUGGAGGUGGUUCUUGGAGAUGCCAAUUGUAGAAAACUAGAGGACAGCCUUACGACACAGCAGCCACUUUUACUCGUCGAAAAGGUUGAGUUUCCUGAUUUGGAGUUGAUAAAGAUCUCGCACAUGGAUAAUGUGGAGAAGAUAUGGGUUGAUGAUCUUGCUCCAAAUGCCUUCAGCAAACUCAAGACGCUGGUAGUGGAAUAUUGUGAGAAACUUUCAUCCAUAUUUUCAUCUUAUGCUAUGCUCACUAGAUUUCAAAAUCUAGAGAAGAUAACCGUGACCAAUUGUGAGUCCUUAGAAGUGGUAUUUCACGUCCAAGAGUUCAAUUUUAGCGGAGCUCAUUCUACAAGAACUUUUCAAUUGAGAGAAUUAGUUUUGGUGCGGCUCCCAGAAAUGGAACAUGUGUGGAGUGGACUUCCUCAGGAAGGUCUUACCUUUGGACACUUACGACGCAUGACGGUUGUCGAGUGUGAGAGUCUCGAAAGUUUAUUUCCAAGUUCGGUGGCAAAAAGUAUGACACGGCUUGAAGAACUUGCAGUAUGGAAUUGUGGGGUGGAGGAAAUCAUAGCGGAGGAAGACGGAGAAGUAGGGAUGAGCGCAAGUGAUCUCUUCUUUCCACAAUUGACCAAACUGAUGUUAUGGGAUUUACCGAAACUAGGAAGCUUCUGUCGCGUUAGUCAUACUUCAACAUGGCCGCUCUUGAAGGAGUUGCAAGUGAUACACUGUGGCAAAAUGAGGUCAAUUUCAUUCGCUAGUGAAAUCCAAAGCUACCAAGAUGGUACUACCAGCGAGAACCGCCCUGCAUUUUCUUUCGAAAAGCUCUUUCCACGCUUGGAGACAUUGAGAUUAGCAAGGGAGGAUGUUGCGACGUUGCAGCAGAUUCGUUACAUCUUUGGCAAUCUCAGAGGGCUACAUUUGUCAUGCUACCAUGAUGUCAAUGUCGCUUUUCCCUCCAACUUCCUUCUCCAUAGAUUCCCCAAUCUAGAAUCGCUUUAUGUGGAUUGUAGUUCCUUUGAGGAUAUAUUUCCAGAAGAUGCUUUUGGUUCUGGAUAUGGGGGAGCCACUCCCAGUGGAGGACUAAUUGACAUGCAAAACCCUCUCAAGGCACUAGGAAAUUUGAAGCACCUUUUGCUGAUGGACUUACGGUGCCCGAGGCGAGUCUGGAAAGAUGGCUCCUUGAUGGCUGAAAUCCUCAAACAGAUUGAAGUUAUGUACGUUUGGAAGUGCCCAAGUUUAUCAAUCGUGUUUCCAUCCCGCACUUCAUUCCGGCGAUUGACGCAAUUAGAAGUAAAGGAUUGCGCUGGUCUAGUCCAUAUGGGGACUUGCUCAGCAGUGACAAGUCCGGUGGUGCACCUUACUGUGCUAAUCCUAAAAGAUUGUGGUGCAAUGGAAGACGUGGCAACGGAUGAUGGAAAUGGAGUGGAGGAGAUUUCCUUCCCCAAGCUGCGACAGUUGACACUUGAAGGUUUACCAAGCCUUGAGAGCUUCUCCCCCACGAAUUGCGCUUUCACAUUCCCAUCGUUGGUGCUUAUUAUUGUGAAGCGGUGCCCCAAGAUGAAUAUAUUCUGCAAGGGUGCCUUGAGGACACCACAACUAGAUAAAGUCCUCCUCUCCGCCCAAGAUCGUGAAGGGCGUUGGGAGGGCAACCUCAAUACCACCAUUCAAACCUUAUCGACAUGA